AUGCCAUACGAGGAGGUGCAAUUCUUCACUGAGGACGGCAUCUCCCUGACGGGGUGGUUCAUCCCGCAGAGCUCUGGUGGUCGGGCAAGUCGACGAGUGGUGGUUUGCUGCCAUCCCUACAACAACAGCAAGUCCAACUUGCUCGGGGUGGCACGGGGCUUGUGGGACCGCCGCUACUCCGUCUUCAUGUUCGACUUCCGCUCCUUCGCCGACACCAAGACCCAGCAGUCAGUGGGCUUCUUGGAGCAGCGGGACUGCCGGAGCGCCAUCCUGGCCGCCAAGGGCAGAGCGCCGGAGGACGCCAAGGUGGCCCUGGUGGGGGCAUCCAUGGGCGGCGCGGUGGCGCUCAUGGUGGGCCACGAGGAAGGUGCAGCGGGCGGUGUGGUGGGGGUUGCAACGGACUGCGCCUUCGGGCAGCUUACCGCGGUGCCGGGGCCACGGAACUCGCUUGGUGCAAGGCUGGAGGGUCGGGUUAUGGCCACUGUGCGCUUCCCACGGCCAUUGGCCGCAGCGGCCGUGCAGCUGGCGGAUUGGCUGAACCCCUGGUGCUAUGGCUACGCCCUGUCGGAGGUGUCUCCGGUGACAGCGGUGGCGAGAGAGGGUGCGGACGUGCCUUUGCUCCUCAUCCAUGCCGACCAUGACGAGGUGGUGCCUGUCUCCCAAGCUCAUGCCAUCUACUCCGCCGCCAGUUGUGCCCAGAAGGACUUGGUGGUGAUGCAGCACUGUCACCAUGUCGGCUGCUUCUUCCAAGAUCGCGCCCGUUAUGUGAAACUUCUGGCGGACUUCUUCGAUUCCGCCUUCGCAGCGGCGGAAGGCAGCGUCGGGACGGGAUGA